GGCGCGGAGCCGGACCCGGAGCCGUGGCCCGGGGCCGGGGCCAUGCGGCGGGCGGCGGCGCUGCUGCUGCUGGCGGCGGCGCUGAGCGGCCCCGGGGCCGGGGCGCGGAGCUGCCCCGCGCUCAGCCUGGGCUGCAAGUGCGCGGCCGAGCGGCCCAAGGCGGGCGGCGGCCCCGGCGCGCCCCGGCGGAGGGUGGUCUGCAGCGGCGGGGGGCUCCCGGCGCCCCCCGAGCCGCGCCUGCUGCCCGACGGCACCGUCACUCUGCUGCUGAGCAACAACAAGAUCACGGUGCUGGAGAACGGCUCUUUCUUCGGGCUGCGGGCUCUGGAGAAGCUGGACCUGAAGAACAACCUGAUCAGCACGGUCCAGCCGGGCGCCUUCCUCGGCCUCCCCGACCUGAAGCGGCUGGACCUCUCCAACAACCGCAUCGGCUGCCUGAGUGCCAGCGUCUUCCAGGGGCUCCCCAACCUCCUCCGACUGAACAUGUCCGGAAACAUCUUCUCCAGCCUCCCGCCCGGUGUUUUUGAUGAGCUCCCCUCCCUGAAAGUCGUGGACUUUGCCACCGAGUACCUGACGUGCGACUGCAACCUGCGCUGGGUGCUGCGCUGGGCCCGCGAGCGGCCGGCGCAGAUCGCGGAGCGGACGGCGUGCGCGUUCCCGCGGCAGCUGCGCGGGAUCGCCCUGCGAGCGGCGCGGGACGGGCAGCUGCGCUGCGCGGGAGCCCCGGAGCUGCACACACACCACCUCAUCCCGUCGCUGCGCCAGGUGGUUUUCCAGGGCGACCGGCUGCCCUUCCAGUGCACGGCCACCUACCUGGACAACAGCACCCAGAUCCGGUGGUUCCACAACCGCGAACCCGUGCAGGAGGAUGAGCAGACGGGCGUCAUCGUGGAGGAGAGUCUGAUCCAUGACUGCACCUUCAUCACCAGCGAGCUCAUCCUCUCCAACAUCCACGUCUCCGCCAACGGCGAGUGGGAAUGCGCCGUCUCCACCUCCCAGGGCAACGUCAGCAAGAAGGUGGAGAUCGUGGUGCUGGAGACCUCUGCAUCCUACUGCCCAGCCGAGCGGGUCACCAACAACCGCGGGGACUUCAGGUGGCCCCGCACCCUGGCAGGGAUCACGGCCUUCCAGCCCUGCCUGCAGCACCCGUUCGCAGCGGUGCCGGCGGGCGCGGGCCCGGGCGCGGCGGGGGAGAAGCAGGCGUGGCGGCGCUGCGACCGCGCCGGGCGCUGGGAGGACGGCGACUACUCUCACUGCCUCUACACCAACGACAUCACCCGCGUGCUCUACACCUUCGUGCUGAUGCCCAUCAACGCCUCCAACGCCCUGACCCUGGCUCACCAGCUCCGCGUCUACACGGCCGAGGCAGCCAACUUCUCGGACAUGGUUGAUGUUCUCUAUGUGGCCCAGAUGAUAGAGAAGUUUAUUGGCUACGUGGACCAGAUCAAGCAGCUGACAGAUGUGAUCGUGGAGAUGGCCAGCAACAUCAUGCUGGUGGACGACCACAUCCUGUGGAUGUCCCAGAAGGAGGAGAAGGCCUGCACCAGCAUCGUGCGCUCCCUGGAGAGGAUCGCAGCCCACACGCUGGGCAGCAACUCCCAGCACAUGGCAGUGAACUCUCGCAACAUCGCCUUCGAGGCGUACGUGGUGAAGCCCGAGAGCUACGUGGGGCUGAGCUGUGUGGCGUUCCAGCGCUGGGAUGGGACCCCCCCGGGCCGUGCCCCCCCGGCCGAGCGGGGGGCUGAGCCCACGCCCGACCAGCAGCUGCGGCUGCGCUGCACCACGGGGCGGCCCAACAUCUCCCUGAGCAGCUUCCACAUCAAGAACAGCAUCGCCCUGGCCUCCAUCCAGCUGCCCCCCAGCCUGUUCGGCAGCCCCAGCCCCGCCCCAGUCACGCCCGGGGCUGACUGCAAGCUCCAGCUGCUGGUGUUCCGCAACGGGAAACUCUUCUGCAGCACCGGGAACUCCUCCCGCCUGGCCGACGAUGGCAAGCGCCGCAGCGUGGCCACCCCGGUCAUCUACGCCGGGACCUAUGGCUGUGGAGUGGGGAACCUGUCAGAGCCGGUGGCCGUGUCCCUGCGACACCCCGGGGAGGGCACGGACCCCGUGGCUGCCUACUGGAACUUCGAGGUGCUGGGGGGCAUGGGGGGCUGGAGCGCCGAGGGGUGCCAGCUGGCUGCCCGUGAGCCCAACGUCACCUCCCUGCACUGCCGGCACCUCAGCAACGUGGCCGUGCUCAUGGAGCUCAGCGGGUUCCCCAGCGAGGCACAAGGCGCUGUGGAGGUGCUGCACCCGGCCAUGUACACCUGCACGGCCGUGCUGCUGCUCUGCCUCUUUACCACCAUCAUCACCUACAUCGUCCACCACGGCACCAUCCUCAUCCCGCAGAAGGGCUGGCACAUGCUGCUUAACCUCUGCUUCCACAUCGCCAUGACGGCCGCCGUGUUCGCGGGAGGCAUCACCCUCACCGGCUACCGGGCCGUGUGCCAGGCCGUCGGCAUCAUCUUGCACUACUCCUCCCUCUCCACGCUGCUCUGGAUGGCGGUGAAAGCACGAGUGCUCUACAAGGAGGUGACCUGGAAGGAGCCACAGCAGCCGGACAGGGACACGUCCCAGGCAGCCCCCAGACCCAUGCUGCGGUUCUACCUGAUCGCCGGCGGCAUCCCCCUCAUCAUCUGUGGGAUCACAGCAGCUGUCAACAUCCAAAACUACCACGACAACAACCCCUACUGCUGGCUGGUGUGGCGGCCCAGCCUGGGCGCUUUCUACGUCCCCGUGGCUUUCAUCCUGCUCGUCACCUGGAUUUAUUUCCUCUGUGCCGGGCUCAGCCUCCAGUGCCGACCCCAGCAGCAGAAAGCCAUCCCGGAGCCGCUGGAGCCGCCGCCACGGCUGGGGGGGACCAGUGACCUCCUGACGGACUCUGGCUCCAUCUCGGUGACGCUGAACUCGGGGCCGCCGUGCCCCGACGGGGACGGUGUCUACUCCCUGCGGGUGCAGUUCUGGGCGCUGGUGGCCACCCACGCCCUGUACGUGGCCCUGUGGACGUUCGGCGCCAUGGCCGUGUCCCAGCGCUGGUACCUGAACAUCGUCUUCAGCUGCCUCUACGGCGUCACCGCCGUGGCGCUGGGGCUCUUCAUCUUCGCCCACCACUGCCUGCGGCGCCGGGACGUGCUCAGCUCCUGGUUCUCCUGCUGCCCGUCGUACCGGAGCGCGCUGCCCAUGCAGGCCUACGUGCACCCCGGGCUGGGGCCAGAGGACGGCUCGCAGGUUUUCAUCGGCUGCGAGCCAGAGGCCGCUCGCUCCGGCGCCUCCUCCUCCUCCUCGCCCAGCAGCGCCGGCUCUGCCGGGGGCCGCUGCAAGCUCACCAACCUGCAGCUAGCCCAGAGCCAGGUGGAGACGCGGCCGGCGCCCUGCCCGGAGCCGGACGCUGCCGACGGGAAGCCCGUCAGGCACAGCAGCACCAGCAACCUGCACGGCCGCAGGAGCCACCGCGGCAGAACUAAGCCGUGCCGCGACGGGAAGCACCACCGCUUGAAAAUGCUGCGGGGCCCCUCGGAGCAGCCGUCCAGCGAGAGCGGGAGCCUCCACAACAGCCACUCCGAGAGCUUCCCCAGCGGCAGGACCAGCCCGGCCAGCGGCGGCCGCGCGGCGCCGAGGGAUGGGGACGCGGGGCCCAGCCCCUCGGAGGGCAGCGACGGCGCCCGGAGGGGGCCCGACCUGGCCGAGGCUCGCCGGAGGAGCGGCAGCCGGGACAACCUGCGGCCGGGCGGCAGCGCCGAGAGGGAGGCGAAGCGCCGCUCCUACCCGCUCAACGUGGGCAGCCACAACGGCGGCCUCAAGGGCAGCAAGUACGACAUCAACCUGGCCAGCCCCGACAGCGUGGCCGGCAUGAAGACCGGCCUGUGGAAGAGCGAAACCACCGUGUGAAGGUGGGCGAGGACCAAGGGCCGCAGCGUUUACCUGCGGAGCUGCUCGGGGCAGGGCGGGGCCAGCGCUGCGGGCAUCACCAGUGCACUAGCGGGGAUGGGCGGCACGGUCGGGGGCUCCGGCUGCCCCGGGCACAGCACGAUCCGCCAUCCCGGGCACACCCACCUCCUCGAGGAGGCUCCGAGCUUCCCGCCGUAGUGCCGGGAUCGCAGCCGUGCUUUAAUCCCUCCUGCAUGUCACUUGAGAUUGAUCCUAAAUGCUAUUUUAUAUUAUACAGAGGAAAUGUCUAUUUUUCAAAGCUAUAUUAUUGAAUGUAUAUAUGUAUAGACAGAGCCGUAGGUGACGCGAGGGUCCCGAUCCUGCCCGCUCGUGCCACGACUGCAAUGUCCCCGCUGAGGGACCACUCCAAGUGCCCUUCACGUCCAGGCACCGCGGCCCCGGGCUGAGCACUCUGCUUCUGGAGAGCAGCUGCUCCCUCUGGAACGUUCAGGCUGAGCACUUUGCCUCUGGAGAGCAGCUGCUCUCUCUGGAACGUUCAGGCUGAGCACUCUGCUUCUGGAGAGCAGCUGCUCUCUCUGGAACGUUCAGGCUGAGCACUCUGCUUCUGGAGAGCAGCUGCUCCCUCUGCAGCGUUCAGGCUGAGCACUCUGCCUCGGAGAGCAGCUGCUCCCUCUGGAAAGUUCCUACCUGCCUGUCAGCCCCGGGGGCUGCGUGGUGCCAAAGCCAUAUUGCAAAGCCAAGCACAAGGUAAGAGGAGCCUCAGCUCCAAGGUGAGGUGAUUGUCUGCACUGCUUUGAUGCCAGACACUAAAGUAACGGCCAGAAUAGGCUCCAGACACUAAAAUCACAGCCAGAAAAUGCUCCCAGGCCCUCAGAGGCUCAAGCAUGCCAUGGGGUGGGCUGGCAGACCUGUGCUGCUGCCAGAGCCAGGACUGACCCUCUGUGCCAAAGCACCAAAGAACCAAAAUGUGGGAGAGGCCCAGAGCAGCUCUGUGUCCUUAAUCCAGGUGCUUAAGCUCAGAAAAUAUCUAGGUUUGCUCUUAGGAAGGCAGAGACCAUUCUGGGGAGCAGGGACCAUUCCUGGGAAUGCAAGAGAAUGAUGCCAAGGAAUUAGGGACCUUCCUCAGACAACGGGCUGGAACCUGGACAAGCACUUAUUGUUCCCAUUGAAAAACAAGCUUCCCCUUUUUCCCAGCACACAGGUAAAACAGCCAGGCUGCAGCAAAGCAGAGGAGGAAGGUGGGAGUCUGGUGCCUCCCCUGCCCUUUCCAGCCUCCCCUGCCUCAGUUUCCCCCACCUGCAAAUGAGUUUAAUAACACAGCUACCUCCGAGGCGUCGUGGGGCUGGCAGGGCCACGAGCCAGGGGAGGAAAAAGCACUUAGUGGGGAUUGGUCUCACCCCACAGGGCUGGGGAACCCCUGGGCUUAACCUGCCACUCCCUGCCUGCCUCGGCUUCUCUGCCCAGUCAAAUGUUUAAAUAUUUCAUUGUCCCUGGUAUUUAACACAGUUUAAACCCUUCCUGCAGCUCCUGCAGCCUCCCCAGCCUGGCUGAUGCCCCGUGGUUCUAUUGCUUGCUGCAUUGUGACAGUAUUAGAGAAAAAGCUUUGUAUUCUUAAUUACACUUUGUUUUGUCUGUUUACAAGCGAAUGACAUAUCAACAAAGCUUCCUGAAAUAUCCGGGGGGAGGGGAGGGAAAUAUGCCAAAGAAAUGUCUUUAAAGGGGUCUUUUUGCAUUUUUAUAUGAAUAGAAUGUUUCUAGCAGAUAUGUUUUGUUUAAUAUAUUAAAGAUAUGCCAAUCUGCCAAGA